CUCGCGUGUUCUUUGUAUUUUUCUUUUCAGCACCAACACACAAAUAGUCACACCACAAUCAAAGUAUCUACAGUACUAGUAUAACUAUAUAACUUCCAAUCUCAAUUUCUUAGAUCCAAACUUCACAAUUCAACCAUCAUCAUCACCAUGGCAACAACCGUCGAUUGCUGCGCCACUCAACUCAUCGACGGCGACGGAGGUUUCAACGUCACCGGUCUUGAUAACUUCAUCAAAACUUCAAAUAUGUUUUCCUGUGGUCUUUCUUAUGCCGUUGUUGCUAUCAUGGGACCUCAAAGUAGCGGGAAGAGUACCUUGAUGAAUCAUCUUUUCCACACUAGUUUCAGAGAGAUGGAUGCUUUUAGGGGAAGAUCUCAAACAACCAAAGGUAUUUGGAUAGCUAAGUGUACUGGAAUUGAGCCGUGCACAAUUGCUAUGGAUUUAGAGGGUACUGAUGGAAGGGAGAGGGGUGAGGAUGAUACCGCUUUUGAGAAGCAGAGUGCUCUUUUUGCUUUGGCAGUAUCAGAUAUUGUUCUGAUAAACAUGUGGUGUCAUGAUAUUGGUCGUGAACAAGCAGCCAAUAAACCUCUUUUAAAAACAGUUUUUCAGGUCAUGAUGCGUUUAUUUAGUCCCCGGAAGACAACAUUGCUUUUUGUUAUACGUGAUAAAACAAAGGUCUAUCUACUUUAUCCUUUAUUGAGAAUGCGUCCUUCAGUUCUGUACUUCUAUUCAGUUCUGUACUUCUAUUCUAUGAUUUCUCAUGUUUGUUUCUUUCUUUCUACACAGACUCCACUGGAAAAUUUGGAGCCUAUUCUAAGAGAAGAUAUUCAAAAGAUUUGGGAUUCAGUUCCAAAACCUCAAGCUCAUGUACACACUCCUCUUGGUGAAUUUUUUAAUGUGGAAGUUACUGCUUUGUCAAGCUAUGAGGACAAAGAGGAUAAAUUCAAAGAGGAGGUUGCUCAAUUACGACAACGUUUCUACCAUUCUAUAGCUCCUGGAGGUCUUGCUGGUGAUCGCCGUGGUGUUGUGCCCGCAUCUGCUUUUUCUCUUAGUGCACAACAUAUGUGGAAAGUCAUACGAGAGAACAAGGAUCUUGAUCUCCCAGCUCAUAAGGUAAUGGUUGCAACUGUGCGUUGUGAAGAGAUUGCUUAUGAAAAGCUUAGUCAACUACGUUCUGAUAAGGGUUGGCUGGAGUUGGAGGAAGCUGUUCAAUUAGGUCCAGUACAAGGCUUUGGGGAAAAAUUGAGCUCCAUUAUUGAUACCUACUUUUCUCUAUAUGAUGAGGAGACGAUCUUCUUUGAUGAAUCUGUGAGAAAUGCAAAACGGAAGCAAUUGGAAUCAAAUGCAUUGGAUAUAGUGUACCCCGCAUAUACAACAAUGAUAGGGCAUCUACGCUCUAAAGCUUUAGACGAUUUUAAGACUAAGCUGGAUCAAGCACUAAACAAUGGAGAAGGAUUUGCUGCAUCGGUUCAAACGUGGACUCACUCUAUUCUGCUUGAGUUUGAUAAAGGAUCUGAUGAUGCUUCUGUAAGACAGGCUAAAUGGGGUGCUUCAAAAGUGCGAGAUAAGCUUCGUCGUGAUAUUGAUUCACAUGCUUUAGCUGUGCGCAAUGCAAAAUUAUUGGAGAUAACGACUAAUUUUGAGAAACAACUGGCCAAGGCAUUGGCUGAGCCUGUGGAGUCCCUCUUUGAAGCAGGAGGAAAGGACACCUGGCUUUCAGUAAGAAAACUUCUUAAACGUGAAACUGAAGCUGCUGUAUCAGAAUUUUUGGAUCGCGUAGCUGGUUUUGAGCUGGAAGAAGAAACUAUUGAAAGUAUGCAACAAAGCUUAAGAGACUACGCUAGAAAAUUGGUGGAGAAUAAAGCACGAGAAGAAGCUGGAAAGGUUCUGAUUCGCAUGAAAGAUAGGUUCUCUACAGUGUUUAAUCAUGACAAUGAUUCACUCCCUAGAGUUUGGACUGGGAAUGAAGAUAUCAGAGCUAUUACAAGAGAUGCUCGCUCUGCGUCUAUGAAGCUUCUAUCAGAUAUGGCUGCUAUACGAUUGGAUGAGAAGCCAGAUAAUAUUGAAAGAGUACUUGAUCUGUCGCUUAUAAACAAAACCAGUGCAGCAGCAUCUUCCCAGUAUACAGAUAGAGAAGUUUCCAUGGAUCCACUGGCUUCAAGCACGUGGGAGGAGGUUUCUCCUGAAGAUAUACUUAUCUCUCCAGUGCAGUGCAAGUCUUUGUGGAGGCAAUUCCAAGGUGAAACUGAGUAUACAAUUACACAGGCUAUUGCAGCUCAGGAGGCCUACAAGCGGAAUAACAAUUGGUUACCUCCUGCAUGGACAAUAAUGGCAAUGGCCAUAUUUGGUUUUAACGAAUUUAUGAUGCUUUUAAAAAAUCCUCUCCUCAUAUUGGGUCUAUUUGUUGCCUAUUUAAUCGGUAAGGCCCUUUGGGUACAAUUGGACGUAGCUGGAGAGUUUCGACAUGGCACUCUGCCUGGGAUACUGUCCAUUUCGUCAAAGGUUUUUCCCACAGUUAUGAAUCUUCUUAAACGUCUCGCCGAAGAAGCUCAGGGCAAUCCAGCACCUGAAAGAACAGAACAACAUCAUUCAGAUCAGACAUUCAGAAAUCAAACGCAAAAACCUGACUCAGUAUCAAGCUCAAUCUCCAAUUCGGGUCUAUCUAGUGUUGGCUCAUCUGAUGGUGACAGUGAAUACUCAACCACAAACUUGUCUCAGAGGCAAAGAACAAACAUUCCUCAAGCUGAAUUGUCAUGAUAACUUACAUCAAAGAAGGCCGGGAUCAGAAUAUAAUAUGCACUUGUUAGUUACUUUGAGGGAUCAGUUUUGUAAUUUACCGCUAUUAUAUAUUUUGCUUAUCUUAUUUACUGUAACGUGUAAAUUUAUAUGAUAAUAUGAAGAACCCCUAUUUGGGUUCCGUUCUGAUCAUCUUAUCCUCACCGAGCGCAUGAAACUGAGAAAUUCUAUU